GCGUGCACUGUUUUCGACGCGGCAAUGAAACGCCAGCGUGCGAACUUGGAACAAAACAAAAAUAAAGUAGGCACAAUAGUUGCCUAAAUAGUUGCAAGACUUUCAAGAUAGUUUGCCAUCAAGCGUAACACAAAAAAAUCGUGUUUAGCUACAGAGGGACGUGCACUUGAAAUAUGUCUUUGGUUUGCGCAAUUUCCAAUGAGGUCCCGGAGCACCCUUGCGUGUCCCCGGUGUCUAACCAGGUGUUCGAGCGCCGACUGAUCGAGAAGUAUAUCGCAGAGAAUGGAGUGGAUCCAAUGAAUAGCCAACCACUGUCGGAAGAGCAACUUAUCGAUAUAAAAGUGUCUCAUCCUAUCCGACCAAAGGCUCCCUCUUCUACCAGUAUCCCUGCCAUACUCAAGGCUCUGCAAGAUGAGUGGGAUGCGGUCAUGUUGCACAGUUUCACUCUGAGGCAGCAGCUGCAGACGACUCGCCAGGAGCUCUCUCACGCCCUCUACCAGCAUGACGCAGCCUGCAGAGUCAUUGCUCGUCUUACCAAGGAGGUCACUGCAGCCAGAGAGGCCCUGGCCACACUCAAACCCCAAGCCGGAUUGGUGGCCCCUCAGAAUAUGCCUGCCUCUCAGCCAGCCGCUGGGGGUGCUGGUGGGGAACCAAUGGAGGUUAGUGUGCAGGUGGGAAUGACUCCAGAGAUCAUCCAGAAGCUUCAAGAUAAGGCUACUGUCCUUACCACAGAAAGAAAGAAGAGAGGAAAGACCGUGCCAGAGGAGCUGGUCAGGGCUGAGGAUCUGAGCAAAUACCGCCAAGUGGCUUCCCACGCUGGACUUCACAGUGCCAGUGUCCCAGGAAUCCUGUGUAUGGACCUCUGUCCUUCAGACACCAACAAAGUACUCACUGGUGGGGCUGAUAAGAAUGUGGUGGUAUUUGAUAAGAAGGAGGAGCAGAUCAUUGCCACCCUCAAGGGUCACACCAAGAAGGUCACCUCUGUCAUCUACCACCCCUCCCAGUCUGUGGUGUUCUCUGCCUCUCCAGACAGCACCAUCCGGGUGUGGUCUGUUACUGGGGGCAACUGUAUCCAGGUGGUGCGAGCUCACGAGGCGAGCGUAACCGGGCUGUCACUUCACGCAACCGGGGACUACCUUCUCAGCUCUUCCGAAGACCAGUACUGGGCCUUCUCGGAUAUCCAAACUGGCCAAGUCCUUACCAAAGUCACAGAUGAGGCUGCUGGUGUUGCUCUGACUUGUGCUCAGUUCCACCCUGACGGUCUGAUCUUCGGGACGGGAACCGCCGACUCCCAGAUCAAGAUCUGGGAUCUGAAGGAGCGCACAAACGUGGCCAACUUCCCCGGCCACUCUGGCCCUGUCACCUCCAUCGCCUUCUCUGAGAACGGAUACUACCUGGCUACAGGUGCCCAGGACAGCUCUGUGAAGCUGUGGGAUCUGAGGAAACUGAAGAACUUCAAGACCAUCGCCCUGGACAACAGCUAUGAGGUUAAGUCUCUGGUGUUUGAUCAGAGUGGUACRUACUUGGCUGUGGGUGGAUCUGACAUCAGGGUGUACAUCUGCAAGCAGUGGUCGGAGGUCCUCAACUUCAGCGACCAUUCUGGCCUGGUGACAGGGGUGGCGUUCGGAGACAAUGCUCAAUUCCUUUCCUCCGCUGGAAUGGACAGAAGCCUCAAGUUCYACAGCCUGUAGAUUAGUACAGGCGGAUGGAUAAAGUGAGAGGAAAGAGAGCGAGGAUAAGAUUGGAGGGUUCUGGUUAGGCCUAAUCUCGAAUCUAGACCAGUGUGAUUAUUUUGACUCUGCUACACAGCUAUCCGUUUUGUGAAAUAUAGACCGAUGGCCAGGGGGUAGACGGUUGAAUCCUUAUGAUUUAUUUGAUGUUCUUGUAUUGCUGAGAUCAGAAUCCCUAUCCGAGGUGCGUUCAAUAAGGGAAAUAGUUUGCGAAUGUUGGCUAGCGUUAGCAAACAUAUUCCAUUUGUUUUGUGUUAGCCGCGACCGUUAGCUAACCGUCUGAGAAUAUAGUGUACGGCGAACGUAAGUGUCUGUUUCUGGUCUAAACUGCUGCUAAAAACAAUCAAGUGGCCAUGUAGACUUUCUACUAUAUUUAGUAGGAGUAGGUAAGUCGUUUUCAGUUUGAAUAUUGUUGCUAAAAAGCCACAGUAAUCCUUAAAAAAUGCUGUUUGAUGUUUCACCGUAACAUAUUGGAAUGUUCAUUCAAAUAGUUCAACUGAAAUUGUUACUCUGGCAGCAAGCCCUGUUUUAACUCGCCUCUGGCCUAGGCAGGAGCUUUUUAGUCAGUUACCAGCAGAUUAUGAAUUUAGCAUUUUGAAAAUGGACCUGURGUUAUUUAGGAUCCCAGGGUGGGUGGAGGAACRGGUGCUACGGUAUUUACUUUUCCCUUCAUGUAUUCUUCUUAAAUCCCCUCCCCAGACGUCUGUUCUUCUCCUUUCAGUGGUUAAACCAACAGCUCUCAGCUGUUGAAAUAUCAUUUGUUGUAACUGUUUUUAACUGUUUUUGUGUAAGCCAAUUCUCUAUAUUGCUGUGUUUAUUCAAAGGUCUCCUUUCCCUUCCACCCUUUUUACACUUCAAUAAAGCAAGUUAUUUUUGUAGUGACGGCCAGCUAUUUGCUUGAUCAAUGGAAUGUAUUGUGUAUGCCUCAAGUUGUCCUUUCAGCCUGUCUGAGGCACCAGUAUGACUUUGAUCCCAAUAGACUGUGCUCUGCUUUGUACAUGUUGUCACUAUGACAGGGGUGGAUUGGUCAUCUAGCUGGUUGAAAUUGACAAUGUUUUAUAUAUAAAAAAUAAAACAAUGAAAAAGGUG